GUGGUUGGCAAACAGGAAAGAGGAGCACGCUAUAAGAGGAGCAUUAGCCGGGAGACGCGUCAAAACAUUUAGCCGAGAGAGGAGGGGAGGGGGAAACACGCUGGAGAGCGCUCACAAUGAAGACCUGAAUUGUCUUUAAUGUUUUGUUUUGUUUGUUUGUUUUUUUUUUUGUUUGUUUUUUCCUUAAAGCCAAUAGCUUGUUUAUUACAGAACGGCACAAAACUAUUAGGACGCAGUGAGGAUUCGACACCUUUUCUUUAAAGUUCGGUCCGGCGUCGCGCUCCUGGGGCGCUUCUGAGUCAAAUCCUGGAUAAGCGCGGCGGGAGGAAAAGUGUCAGUUUCAGCACCUGAGAGGAGGAAAGCUCCACUCUGCCUGCUCCUUCUGGGAAACCCUGCCCCAAAAACUAUUCUGCCGCUUCUGAUGUGAACUGCCCCGGUCCGACAAGCUGCUUCCCCCUGCCCGCUGCAAGUGAGGAAGAAGCGCACAGAUCCGCUCAGGGAAGGAUCGGCGACCGACUGUGUGCUCAAUAUGUACCAGGGGCAUUUACAGGGGAAAGACUCUAGGGCUGCAGAUAAGACUGUUGCCAUGGUCCUGAAGGAGAUACCAAGUAAGGCGUCAUCAGAAGGGAAGCCCCUCCUCACGGUGACUACCAAGCUGGUGAGCGAGCAACAAGAGAGUCGGCCGCUAUUAAGCCCUUCCAUCGACGAUUUCCUCUGCGAGACCAAAUGUGAUGGGAUUUCCCGCCCAGUGACUUCCAACACAGCCGUUCUUUCUUCGACACUGGACCUUUUAGAUCUCAGUGAACCGGGAGAAAGGAGGAAUAGCAAGGACAAGAAAAGUGCUCUGGUGUCCCGGGGUGACGGUCAAAAGAACAGCUCACACAAGAAAAAGACAGAUGAGACAGAGCUGAUCCAGGUGGAAGUUGAACAGACAGGACCAGGCAUGCGAAACCCUGAGAGGGCAUCGCUUGAGUCAGUUACCAUUGGAUCGUUGGAUAAAUGGGAAGAACUUAAUCCCAAAGCUGAGAAGAAUGGCAACAGAAAAUGGAAGCUGGAGAGACGGCGCUCUUCAAAAAACUCAUCCAAUGAGUUCUUGUGGUCUAUAGACUGCAAAAUCCAAUCUGACUCAUCAAAUAAGAACUUGUUGGAAGCAAACACCAAAGCAGAGCCAGAAUCAGCCUUGGCAUCACAACUCAACAGGCAGUAUAUUAGUGGAAGACAUGCUCGUCUAACGAAGGAGCAGCGCUGGGGGAGUGCCCUCCUGUCAAGACAUCAGUCCCUGGAGGAGGAGUUUGAGCGAGCCAAGGCUGCUGUUGAGUCGGACACAGAGUUCUGGGACAAAAUGCAGGCAGAGUGGGAAGAACUGGCCCGACGAAACUGGCUGACAGAAAACGAGCAGGCACAAAUACCCUCAUCUGUAUCUCCACAUGAAAAGGGUUACUACUUCCACACAGAUAAUCCUUAUAAGGACUUGCCUAAUGCAUUUGAGGAGGGACUGAAGAAAUCUCGAGAGGGAGACUUGCCAAACGCUGUGCUUUUGCUCGAAGCAGCUGUCUUGCAAGACCCUCAUGAUUCAGAGGCCUGGCAAGUCUUAGGGACAACACAGGCAGAAAAUGAAAAUGAGCAGGCGGCAAUUGUCUCCCUCCAAAGGUGUCUGGAGCUCCACCCUAACAACCUACCGGCCCUCAUGGCUCUGGCCGUGAGCCUGACCAACACCGGCAUGCGUCAUGACGCCUGUGAAGCCCUGCUCCGCUGGUUGAAACACAAUCCCAAGUACAAGAACCUGCUGAAGGCCAAGAUCCAUCUGAUAGGCUCCCCCAACUCUCAGCGCAGACUGUCUUACGCUCUCAACGCAGGCCGACAUGAAAGCUCACUGCUGCCAGAGGUCAAGGAGCUCUUCCUGGAAGCAGCUCAGAACAACUCGGACAGCGUUGACCCGGAUUUACAGACGGGCCUUGGGGUCCUCUACAACCUCAGCGGAGAGUUCAACAAAGCUGUAGAGGCUUUCAAUACGGCCCUGUCAGUCCGGCCUGAGGACUAUUUGCUGUGGAAUCGCCUUGGAGCCACAUUAGCGAACGGCGACCGGAGUGAAGAGGCAGUGGAGGCUUACACGCGAGCCCUCGAGCUGCAUCCAGGGUUCAUCAGGUCCCGCUACAACCUGGGCAUCAGCUGCAUCAACCUGGGGGCCCACAGAGAGGCAGCCAGUAACUUCCUGACGGCUUUAAGUCUCCAGAGGAAAAGCCAGAGCGGUCAGCAGUCCCAUCAGGUGAUGUCUGGCAACAUCUGGGCAGCUCUGAGGAUAGCUUUAUCUAUGAUGGACCAACCCGAACUCUUCCAGGCCGCAAACAUUGGCGAUCUGGAUCUCCUGAUGAGGGCCUUUAACUUGGACUUUUGAGUAAGGGAUGGAUUGCGCUCUGUCAUUUGUUCUCUGAUCUCUAGCCAGAAGCCAAAAGCCCAAAGUGCACAUGGUUUGAGUUAACACACCAGUGUGUGUGUUUAGUUUCUGCAUAUCAAAAUGAACUAAAAAGGUCAAACCCUGUCAUGUCUUCUCGCCCUAAAUUUCUUGAGAGCAGUUCGGAGGGCCGCUUCUUCCAGGGGUUCGGAUGGACUGCUUAGCAAUGGAAUUUGCACAGCAAUUUGUGAUUUCCCUAAAGAGCACAAGGACGGGCGAAGAUUGUAAGAGCAAUGCCUUAGAGGACACAUCAAUUAAAAACUGACUCAUGCAGUGGAACAGAGGUGAGCCAGGAGUGACAGCCAGAUUUAAGACUCCCACAGAGGAACCCUCACAAGCCAUUUGCAGCAGAAAAGAUGAGGUUUUGAGAGGAAGAUCUGUUGACUCAGGACUGUCUCUCCCCCUCUCUGACGGAUGGAUACUGUGAGCCGAACAAUAAAGGCUGCACCUUAUAACCCCGGAGCUCUAUAUUGUCUUCCUGGCUUCAUCUCCCCCUCUGUCAAUGGAGACUUAUUACUCUGCAUCAAAAAAACCACAACAAACAUUUUCAGAAAUGGAGAGAUUAGAAUAGUUAUAGAAGUUUUCCCUUUGCACUUUUAGAUGACUUCCUCUAUCCACGUGGAAUGCGCAACCCAGGUUGUAAAGCCUUAAUGAGAUGCAUGCGUCCAACAUUAUUUAUUUACACUAUUUUUAUGGCAACAAGGAACAAAAUAUAUCAAAGCCAUUUUCAGACCGGGUUAAAUUUCUUAACAUAAGUGCUGUUCUUAGAACCUGUACAAUUUCUGAUCCGCUAAUCUCAGUUCAGUUGUUUAUAUAUUUAUGCAGCUUGUAUGUAAUAUUUGUUGCUUUAAUGCUGACUGGCUGGAGGAAUGCACACAGUGAGCAGGUAAUAUUGAUUUGAAUUGUGUUUUUUUUUUACCUUUCUCAGAGGGAAAAGUGCUUAUAUUUCUAAAAAUGUCUCGUCUCAGAGGCCCCUACAAAGAAACGCCUAAUUUUUAUUUAUGCUGACUGUAUUCAUUUCAAUACAGCAUACUAACAUUAGAUUAAAAGAUGUGUAUUUGCAAGCCAGGACCCAAGACAGCAGCUUGAUGAAUUUCCUUAAUGUAGUCAUUUGUAUCUGUGCUGCUCCUUUUCCGGCAGCGAAGCUCCUUCAUUUAAUUAAAUCAGUCACCCUCAGCCAUCAUGCAUGAUUUCAAUAUUUAUAGAGACUUGCGUAGAGUUGCACACAUUUGUAAGUUUGCUUUUACCAGAUUAAUAUGCCUCCAUACAAGGAAAAACAGAUUUUAUGAAUAAAUAAACGCUGUUCAGAAGAUCAUUAUACAUUAUAAAAUACACUGAUGCUCCUGCUUAAGAUAAACCCUUUGCAGCACCUCUAAAUAUUUCUUAUGAUUUUCAGUUGUCAGCUUCCUUUUAGUCACAGUUUGAAAGUCACUGUGAGUUUAACGCCGUGCAGCUUGCCGUGCGGCGGCGGAGUGAAUGAUAGAUUAUCUGCUGUGCAGUACAGCUCACUUUGGUGUUUAUCGGUCGUGUCCGCAGUCCGGGUGCGCUGCAGAAAGCUUUUUUUUUUUUCCUUCUCCUUCUUAUUGUCGGCUCCUAUGCAAAAGGUCACGUUUCAUGUUUGUCCCCCAUCUGCCUCAGUGGACCAAAGGGAAGUGUUGAUUCUGUGUUUUGAAUGAAUGCUAUCAGCGGGAAGCAGAGACCAGAACCAGAACCAUUCAUCUUCCUAACAGUGCAGCUGGGAUGACACACUCUGUGUUAGAAGGAGUGUUUUAUCAGGCGGCUGGGGGAGAACAAACACAAACCAGCUGAAGUGCAGCAUUGACACCGUAUGAAUCUGCGACAUAAUAAUGCAUCUGCGGCUGCAGCUGCACACACCAAAUUCACAGCUGUAGACAUUUUUUUCUUCUGUCAGCUCACUUUUCUCUUUGUUUGCAUAAGUAUUCAUACUUGUCACAUUACAGCCACAAACAUUUGCUUAUAUACAAACAAAAUUGUGUAUCAUUUUGAAGAGAAAGAAAACUGAUAGACAGUUUUUGGUUAUUUUUUUACAAAUUCAAAUUAAAAUGCAUUUGUCCUCAGGCCCCAUAAGUAAUAUCAGUGUAACAUCCAUUUUUACAAAGAUUGCAGCUGCAAAUCUUUAAAGCUUUCCUUUACCAGCUUUGAAAAGUUGCUAAUUAGUUGGGUUGGAUGGGAAACAUAAGUCAGCAACAAUUUUUAAGUCAUGCCUCAGUUGAUGCAGGAAUAGACUUUGACAGGGCCAUUCUAAUACAUAAAUGCUUUCAGCAAAUCAUUCCAUGGUAUCUUUGGUUGUAGGUUUUGCAGUAUUGUUAUUUUUUAUGAUUGUCUUGUAUUUAGGCUCUGUUCACUCUGAAGUAGCAUCAACAUAUCCUGAUCUUAUGUCUUUCUUUCAACGUGACUGGCUUGUUGCCACUUGUUCACCAGUGCGACAUAUAAACAGUCUCCAAUCUGAGCUGUGAAUCUCCUCUGAAGUCACGUUGGUCGCCAUGGCUGCUUUUCUGAUCAAUGCGCUCCCUCUCUGGCCAAUUUACGGAGGUCUGAAUUGUUUUGCAGCUGGGUCAAAUGAUCCCCAUGAGAUGUUCAAAUUGUGGGACGUUGCUUAAAAACCUCACCCUACUUUUAACUUAUUUGAUGCGUUGCUUCAUCUCUAGGAUUUUGUUUGUUCACUAAUGUUCUCUAACAAACCUCGAGGCCUUCACAGAACAGAUGAAUUUAUAUAGAGAAGUUACACACAAGUGAUCUAUAAUAAGUAAAUUUGUAGCAUAGGUAUAGCAUAAAUGGGCUUAUGCUGUGUUAUUUUAUUUGUGAAAAUAACAAAAACAUUUAUUAUUUCCAUUUGACUUCACCGUCAUGCAGAACAUUGUGUUUGUUGUCUGUCUUAUAUAAUCUGCAUACAAUUCGAUGAAGUUUGUGGCUGUACUGCAACAAUUCUCAAAGAUAUUUAUUUUUACUUUAGGACGCUAAAUAAAGUGAGUUUCACAAAGCAGCCACCUUCAACAAGAUGUUCAGUGCCCAAAAAAACUUUUAAGAGGAAAUCACUUUAGUUGGCUAUCAUUUGCUCACAGUGACAUUUGCAUUACAAUUGAAAAUGAAACAAAAUUGUUUCAUUUCAAAGAGGCAUAUGAAAUGCAGGUUGAAUGUUUUAUACUUUGCAAAAGUAGCUUCUGGAAAGGCCUUGCAAAAAAUUAGGGGGCAAAUGUAUUUCUAACUUUAUGUUCAGAGAGGUUGGUACUCUUUUGGCAAGUUUAGUUUAGUUAUACUUAGAAACUUGUUGAGUUUUUAUAUAUAUUUGAAAUACUUACUAAUUUAGGAGUAAAGAGGGAGUUUUUCAACAGUUUCUGAUGCACCAACUAUUACUCAUGUUGUUUUCACUUAAUUAAUGUGUAAUCUCUUGUUUUGUGUAAAAUCAUCCCAAAUCCAAAUUAUUCUCAACAACUAAACUCCCCUUCCACAAGCUGAAAUGUUAACAUUUUUGCUUUAAUUAUAGCCUUUCCUCAUCAACUCAGUGAAAUCAACAUGACAUACAUUUUUCCCAGCACUUUGUUGCCCCAGUUUGGUUCAGCUUAGCUAUAAAACAAAGACAACAUUCUGGCAUUUUGACAGUUUUUUCCAGUUUAGAACUAAUUGGAUUCUUAAUGAUACAAGCAUGGGAUUACAAGCAAAUGCAUUGUGCAAAUUGAAACAUGCAGUAAAAUUAAUUCAAUUUACUUUUUUUUUUAGCUCAGUCAAUUAAUAUAUUGACUUGUAAGUUACUUUGUUAUGAGAUUAAGUUAAAUACUAGUGAUGGUCAACGGAUGCUGCUUCCAGAAAUGUUUCCACUCAAAUCAAAAAUAUGUAUUUACGGAUGUCAUUUGUUAUUUUCAGUUACAUCUUCUGGGAGUCUUUCUGGAAAUAAUUACAAUAGUCAAGCAGUAAUGUCCCAAGAACACAACUACGAUAGUCAGAUGUGUGUGCACAUCUGACUAUCUGCUAGGUAAGCCUCUGCCUGUCUUCAUCCUAUGUCUUCUUUGUAAUAGCUUUACUUACUACUUUACUUACUAACACCAUGUUUUGAAAUUUUCUUCUUUUUUCAAAUCACAUCUUGGGCCUUCACUUUUUUAUUCUGUAACUUUGAAACAAAAAAAAAGGAGAAAGCUUUAAGCUCUGCCCUUAAAGUCAAGAUUUUUGCAGAAUUAGGUACUUCCUCAGGUGAACUGAAGUAGCAUAGUGCAUGCUUCUGAGAAACAUCAUGAGGAGAUAGCAUGUUAAUUACAGCACAGAAUUAUACCUUCAUUUUAAUGCAUGUGGGUGCUUGCUUAUGCUAUCAAUAAUAUAUGUAACAUUUAGGCGUAAGAAGAGGCUCCCUUGCAAUAUUUUUACAAUGUACUGCAACCUUAGCAUUAAACAAUAUCUAUAUAUUCAGUAUUUAUUCAACACACGGUAUGUUCUAUGACAUAAAAGAAGAAGUGCAGGGCUCACGCAGAAUAAUGAGGAUACAAAAAACAUUUUCAUAAAAAUCUAGGGUUAGAUCAUUUCCCUGCAGCUGUAGGCGAUUAUAGUUAUUAGACUGAAAUUUUGAAACUGAUCAUUAGGGGGUAAUUGAUGUAGUGAACCCAACCUAUAAAACUUUGCUUUUUGCCUUGGUUACUUUCUUAUCAUGCCAUGUUUGUUGCCGUAUAUAAAAACACUUUUUGCUUUUCUAUAAAGUUUGCAUGUUGCUUUCGCUGUGACCUCUUUUAGUGCAGUGCAAGCACAUCGGGACGAAGCGUGUAAAUUACUACUGCUAUUUAUUUUUCCUACUUAGCUCUUGUUUGAGGAAGCCCAUUCCUGCCUCUUUGAUGAAAAAACAAAUAAACUUGUAUCAAAUUAUAUUGAAAUGCCUUGAAUUGGUUCUGUGACAUUAUAAAGAGAUGAGUGAAACAAGUCUGGCUUAAUAUAAAGAAAGAGGUGAUUUUAUAAAUCUAGUCUUACCAGUUUUGGAAGAAUCCCACAAUUUAAAAAAAAACAAAAACUGAAUGGUUGCCAGUUUGGCAGAGAAAAAAAUAACAAUUAUGAGAUAAAAGUUGUUUUUUUUUUAAUCAAAGCGACAGAAAUGGUCUUCCCUACUUGUCUAUCCCUCCGGGAGUAAAAGUUAAAUUCUCUACACCAAUCUGUGACUGCCUCUAAAUAAUUAUUAGCUGAUUUUUAUCAGAAAAUAGGUCAUUCCAUUUAGCUGUUGGAGCCACUUGAACCAUUCUGCACGCUGUAGCAUAGCAUCACUAACAUUAUAUUGCUGAAACAUUUAAGUAGCAUUUAUGUCAAAUUUGUAGCACUAGUGCCUAUGUGUGUCGUAUAUGACAUCUCUUAGUUGCAAUGCUCAUGUGAAAGAUUUUUUUUUUUUUUUACUUGUACAAAAGCUUUCUGGCAUUUCUUUGUUUAACUGGAGAUGAAAUUACACUUUACGGUAUCAGACGAGCAGGAAGCCACCAGUUGGAAAAACGAGGCAGAUAUGCAAUAGUGAGACAGGGUUUAGGGAUUUUAAAAAUGUUAUACUAAAUGUAAAGUAAAACUGCAAAGCAGUUUAUUGCAACUAUUUGAAAUAAUUUUACAUUCUUACAUUUACACCUAUCAUUGUUACUUAUUCUACUUAAGAGAUUUAACACUUUCAAACACCUCUGUUUAUGCUUUUCACAGAAAGACCAAAAGUUCACACAUGUAUCUAGGAUAAAAUUAAAUGUCCAGAAAGACAUUUAAAAAAGCAUCUGCUUUAAGAAAGAAUGCAUUAUAGUACAAGAUUAAGUUAUUUUUUUACCUUUAUUAAAUAACGCAUUUUGUCAUCUUAAAUGUUUAUUCUAUAUUUUAUUAAGGCUCGAAUGCAUUUUAUGUCUCCAUAGAUGUAAAGAAUCUGUACUUUACAGAUGUAAUAAUGUAUAUGCUGGUUUUGUUGCGAUGUAACUUUAAAGCAUUUAAAAACGACUUAAAGCUGCUUGUAGGCCGGGGCUCAUGAACGUCAUUAACCCUUGCUGUUACUUUGUUGCAACAUGUAUAGUGAUAGUUUGCUUUAGCAAAUUUAAUUGAAGCAUCACAUUUGAAUAAAAACUAUAUUUUGAUGAUUGAAACUAGAAAUUAUAUACUUUCUAUACAUGCAUCCAUUUAUUAAACCACUUACUAUAAUGCUUGUUACUGAACUUGUAUAAUCACAAGGAAAGCAUUAGCACCUUUAACAACAAAGUAUGGAAGUAACCUUUUAAAAUAAACUAUUGUUAUACAUUU